UCUUAUCAGUUCUUCGCCUCGAGACGUCAGCCUUCUACUCGUUUCCGAAGUCACUGAAAUUUCCUCGGGCUUCCCAGCUUUCUCGAAACCGUAUUCCUUUCGCCGUAAAUCGUAAAGCGUUUUCUCUCUCAUCGUUCUUCCCCAUGGCUCACUGGAAACGAGCGGCUCUCUGCGUCCUCCUCGUGCUCGCCCUGUGCACGAGCGAGGCUCUCGCGGCGAAGAAGAAGCGGGCGAAACCCGCGAGCUCCGCGAUCAAGAUGCCGAGCAUCGACAAGCUGCAGUUCGACGUCAACGAGGCGAACAAGCGAGUGGCGGAGGCCGCUGGCGAAAUGGACGAAGCGAAGCGAAUUGUCGACGAAGCCUUGGGCGCGAAGAGGGAGGCGGACCUCGAGGUGCGGAGACAGAAGCAGCGAAUGGCGGAAGCUAUUGCUGAGGCGGAAAGGGCGGAGGCGGAAGCCAGAGCGGCGGGAUACGUCUUCUAAGGCUACGCGCUGAGUGGUGCAGAUGUAUACCAUUUUCUGACGAGCAUCGUGCGGCGAGCCUCGUGCAGCGAGCCAUGUGUGAAAAGAGCCCUUUGCGACAGGAUUUACGCCACACACCUCCCGAGAAGCCGCCGGUGGCACUGACGGCUGCUGAAAUGUCUUAGCUUUUCGCUUUGUUUUCUUAUCCAAUCAACCCUCACUAGCGUGGGAGGAUAUGCCUUCGUAGGUUGGGGAAUAAGUGAAAUAAAAGACGAUUUCGACG